AUGGAUAUUCGGAAAUUCGAUGUCUUCCCAAAGCUCGCAAAUGAAUACCGCAUUGGCACAAUAUCAGGUGGUAUUUUGUCUCUAAUUUCUGUCUUUGCUGCAAUUGUUCUUUGUUUUUAUGAAGUUGCAGCAUAUCUUAAUGCUCCGACAAGACAAUUCUUAUUUGUCGAUACCAGAAGACCAACAGGUCCAGAUGGUGUUACAAUUGAUCAAAAUUCACAGCCACGUCUUGAUGUUAAAGUUUCUGUUACUUUUCCAAAAGCACCAUGUUUUCUUAUUCACUUAGAUGUUAUAGAUUCAGUCACGCAGUUAGCCAUGCCAUUAGAAAACAUUAACAGUAAAUUCAUGAGACUUGAUUCCCAAGGAAAACCAAUAGAAGCUCUCGAUUUAUCCACAUUAGUUAAUACAACUGUUCAAGAAAAAUGUGGCUCCUGCUACAACGCAAAAGAUCCAAAGAGAAUAUGCUGCAGAUCAUGCCAAGAAGUCUUCGAUGCUUACAGAGAUGCUGCAUUUAAGCCGCCUGUUCUUACAGAGAUCGAGCAAUGCAAGCCAGUUGCCGAAAAGGUUGCCAAGAUGGAAGGCGAGGGUUGCAAAGUCGAUGCUUCUUUCAAAGCCCUUCGCGUUGCUUCUGAAAUGCACAUUGCUCCAGGAUAUAGCUGGAAUAGCGAAGGUUGGCAUGUCCAUGACCUUUCUCUCUUCACCAAAGAAUUUGCAAGCCUCAAUUUAACUCAUACAAUUCAUUAUUUAAGUUUCUCGGAGAAAGAAGGAGAUUAUCCUCUUAACAACCUCAAUAACGUCCAAACAGAAAAUGGUGCAUGGCGCGUUGUUUAUACAGCAGAUAUUCUCGAAGGAAACUACUCAGCAUCGAAAUACCAAAUGUACAAUCCAAAGAGCUUCGCAAGUGGAUUGUUCUUCAAAUACGAUGUUUCCCCAAUCUCAGCAGUUACAUAUACAGAUUCUGAACCAGUUUUUCACCUUCUUACUCGUAUUCUUACAGUUUUGGGCGGAGUUCUUGGCCUCUGCCGCCUUAUAGAUGCUAUUACAUUCCAUACACGUCGUAUGAAACGUACUGAAGAGAUCAAAUAA